UCCUUCGUUGGGCCAGAUUGGACAUGCCUUUCGGUGCCUCCCGGCCACUUCACUCGCGAAUUAAUACUUCCGUUUGUAAAGGCACUUGUCGCUGUCACUGUAUCCACGUGUGCCACUUCACUCGCGAAUUUACACUGUCGUUUCUAAAGUCACUUCUCACUGUCACUGCAUCCUAAAAUGCGACUUUACUCGCGAAUUUACACUUCUGUUUGUAAAGGCACUUGUCACUGUCACUGUAUCCAAAUGCCACUUCUUCGGUUUUGACUGUGUCCGAUUUCCGCUACGAACUGUUCGAUUACAUCGAACAUCGAUGGCAAAUCGCGGGAAUUCAAGGAACGCACGAUGAUAUCAAUCCCUGAUUAUUCGUAGAGAGCGAUCGCGGUUUCUUCCCGCACUUGUCGCGAAUGCGUAUCAAAUAAGAAUAAUACGAUAUGCGAAGCGGCGCAGGCACAACCGAUCAGUGCGACUGUCGCCGCGCGAAUGAUCCUGCGUACGGCGCCGUUAAACACCGUAAAUACCGAGCGCGGAUUCCAAGAAAUGACGUAGCGCCGUGAACACCUCGGACAAAAACAAUCUAUUGGAAUGCGCGCUCGGUUUUCGGCCGAGGUGUUUUUACGGCGCUACGUCAUUUCUUGGAAUCCGCGCUCGGUUUUCACGGUGUUUACAUCGCCGUACGCAGUGUCAUUCACGCGGCGACAGUCGAACUGAUCGGUUUUGUGCCCGCGCCGCUUCGCAUAUCGUGUUACUUUUUUGAUACGCGUCGCGACAAGUGCGCGAAGAAACCGCGAUCGCUCUCUGCGAAUAAUCAGGGAUUAAUAUGAUCGCCGCGAUCGCUGAAUUCCCGCGAUUUGCCAUCGAUGUUCGAUGUAAUCGAACAGUUCGUAGUGGAAAUCGGGCACAGUCAAAACCGAAGAAGUGGCAUUUGGAUACAGUGACAGUGACAAGUGCCUUUACAAACAGAAGUGUAAAUUCGCGAGUGAAGUGGCAUUUGGAUGCAGCGACAGUGAGAAGUGAUUUUAGAAACGAAAGUGUAAAUUCGCGAGUGUGUAAAUGUAAAUUCGGGUAGCACGGACGCGCACCGAGUGGAGACUUUAUCGGCAGUGCUUGAAAAUGGGUGUAGCGAAAUAGUUGCAAAAAUGAAAAUGGGCGUAAGGCGCUGGAAUCAGCCGAGCGAAAACGGUGUCAAGUAAAACGCCGGCGUGGCCGCUCUCAGGUUUCUCUCUGCUAAUGUGCACAAUCAGCCUCGAUUCUGCAGCGUUGGAAUCAGCUGUUAGGGAUGUUUGAAAUCUCACUGCCGCUCGAUAUAUAGUGGCUUUAGAAUCCAUACUUGUCUAGAUGGCAGCCUCGUCAAGCCUGCGGAUUCACUCUACUUUCUGUGUAGAGUUGCGUCGACUCGACGCCGUCGAGUCGAGGACCGUGGACGGAACAAAGAUGAAAUAUCGGACGUCCGUUUGAGGUUAGACAAAGGGUGUCGCGCGGUCGCUCGCACUCGUGUGUUUUCGAUCGCAAGAGGGAAAAAAGGGGGAGAUCGAUUAAUUGUGCAUGCGACGUGACCACCAGCCGCCAUCAUGAGUAAGAUGUACUCGACGGCGAACCUGUCCGACAAGGAGCUGAAGGAGCAGGGUAACCGUCUCUUCGAUCUGCACAAAUACGAGGACGCGGCCAGUUGCUACACGAAGGCAAUCAUGAAGAAUCCGGGCCAGGCGUUAUAUUACACAAACCGGGCUCUGUGUCACUUGAAGCUGAAACGCUGGGAAUCCGUGUGCAAGGAUUGCAGAUGGGCCUUGGAUAUAGAACCGUGUUUGAUGAAAGGCCAUUUCUUUCUGGGACUUGCCCUACUGGAACUGGAGCUCUUUGACGAGGCUGUCAAGUACCUGCAGAGAGCUGUGGACCUGGCGAAGGAACAGAAGCUGAACUAUGGCGACGACAUUACCAGCGUAUUGCGUCUAGCCAAGAAACGUCGAUUCCAAAUAAGAGAGGAACAAAGGAUUUCUCAGGACAUCGAGCUGCAGACUUAUCUGAAUCAGCUGAUCGUGGACGACGCGAAGCGUAACUUGGCGAGUCUGCAGGAACAGGAAACGACGAAGGAUGCCGAUGUUGAAACGAGCUCAGCUGAAUUCGCCAGGAGGAAAGAAGAGAUCGAAGAAAAGAGAGACACCUGUAUAUCCAGACUCAAUGACCUCUUCGCCAAGAUUGACGAGAGAAGGCGGAAAAGAGAGGUGCCCGAUUACUUGUGCGGCAAGAUUAGCUUCGAGAUUCUGCAAGAGCCAGUGAUUACGCCCAGUGGGAUCACGUACGAGCGGAAGGACAUCGAGGAGCAUCUCCAACGGGUCGGUCACUUUGAUCCAGUCACGCGCGUGCGUUUGACGCAGGACCAGCUAAUCCCGAAUUUGGCGAUGAAAGAAGUAGUCGACACUUUCCUGCAGGAUAAUGAAUGGGCCUUGCACUACUGAUGCCGAUAUGUAGCUUACUGCCAUAGGUUUAAGUCAAGGUGGUGGCGAUAUUCAGUGAUGGACGAAGAUACGAGCUUUUAA